UUUCAAAUUUCUAACAGCUUUUUUCCCUUCCUCUCUUUUCUUUUCUUUUCUUUUUCCCUUCGAUCGAGUCGCCCCCGCUUCUCUAAUCCCCUCCUCGCUCGCCCAACCUCCCGAUUUCUUGUGCGUUCUACUGCAUUGCAAUCCGCACGCAGAAGAGCGCUGUCGUGGGUGGGGACUCACCGGCGUAGGCGUCUGGGGAUGAUCGGAGAUGCGAUUUCUGGAUGGACCUCGGAAAAUCUUGUGUAACCGCCACGGAUGGGUUCUUGACAACGUGGAAGCUCGAUCUUGGAUGGUUAUCCGUGUCUUGAGGGAAUCGUGGGGUGAAAGGAGUGGGAGCUUAUGAGGGUUUGGGUCUGCGAGGAGGGAAAGAUCGCGGCGGCACCAUGUAUUUCACCAAGCUCGACGAUUCUCCGAUGUUUCGGAAGCAGAUUCAAUCACUCGAAGAAAGUGCAGAAUCAUUGAGGGAGAGAUGUCUAAAAUUUUAUAAAGGAUGUCACAAAUAUACAGAAGGACUUGGGGAAGGAUAUGAUAGAGAUGUUGCAUUUGCAAGCUCUCUUGAAAUGUUUGGAGGAGGGCAUAGUGACCCCAUUAGUGUUGCUUUUGGAGGUCCUGUUAUGACGAAGUUUACCAUCGCUUUGAGAGAAAUAGGAACCUACACAGAAGUUCUACGUUCUCAGGUUGAGCACAUGUUAAAUGACAAACUACUACAAUUUGUAGACAUAGAUUUGCAUGAUGUUAAGGACGCACGUAAGAGGUUUGACAAGGCUAGCCUUUUAUAUGACCAGGCACGUGAGAAGUAUCUAGCGCUAAAGAAAGGCACAAAAGCAGACAUAGCAACAACCUUAGAGGAUGAACUCCACAUUGCGAGAUCUUCAUUCGAGCAAGCCCGUUUUGAUCUUGUUACUGCUCUUUCUAACAUUGAAGCAAAAAAGAGAUAUGAACUUUUGGAGGCUGUUACUGGAAUUAUGGAAGCUCAUCUUCGUUACUUUAAACAAGGAUAUGAGCUACUACAUCAGAUGGAGCCAUAUAUCCAUCAGGUUCUGGCUUAUGCACAACAAUCAAGGGAUAGAUCUAAGUAUGAACAAGCCGCACUUAUAGAAAGGAUGCAAGAGUUCAAAAGACAGAUUGACCGAGAAAGUAGAUUGUCUGCAAAUGGGUCACAUGAUUCUCCUAAUGGAGAUGGUAUACAAGCUAUUGGAAGGAGCUCACAUAAAAUGAUAGAGGCAGUGAUGCAAUCAGCUGCAAAAGGAAAGGUUCAGACCAUCAGACAAGGUUAUCUUUCGAAGCGCUCAUCAAACUUAAGAGGUGAUUGGAAGAGAAGGUUCUUUGUUCUUGAUAGUCGAGGCAUGUUAUACUAUUAUCGUAAGCAAUGGAUCAGAUCAUCUGGAGGACACCAUUCUAAUCCGCGAGGUCAUGAUUCUUCUGAACAUGGUUCUGGAUUAUUGAGUCGAUGGUUUUCUUCUCACUAUCAUGGUGGUGUACAUGAUGAGAAAUCUGUUGCACGUCACACUGUAAACUUACUCACAUCGACAAUAAAAGUUGAUGCAGAUCAGUCAGACCUGCGUUUCUGCUUCAGGAUUAUUUCACCAACAAAGAAUUACACUUUGCAGGCCGAGAACGCCAUGGAUCAAAUGGAUUGGAUUGAAAAAAUAACUGGUGUUAUUGCUUCUCUACUGAACUCUCAGUCACCUGAACAGCACCUCCUUACAAGCCCCAUGGGUGGUGGCCACCAUCGAGCAGCCAGUGAAAGCAGCUCAUUAGGUAGCUCAUCCGAUCUUGAUCAGUUAGCAAAUGAAGAUUCCUCAUUGGAAAAGAGCAGUGUUAGUGGGCAUUUUGAUCGAUGUAUUAGAAGCUCACAACAUUAUAGAUUUAACUCAAAGCAUGAGAAACCAAUUGAUGUGCUACAAAAAGUAUGUGGCAAUGAUGCAUGUGCUGACUGUGGUGCUCCUGAACCUGAUUGGGCAUCCCUGAACCUUGGAAUUCUUCUUUGCAUUGAGUGUUCUGGGGUUCACCGUAAUCUUGGUGUGCAUAUAUCAAAGGUAAGAUCUCUAACGCUUGAUGUUAGAGUCUGGGACCCUUUUGUUAUUAGUCUGUUUCGAUCGUUGGGUAACACAUUUGCCAACUCCAUCUGGGAGGAAUCAUUUCUCAUGACAAGUAAUGGAAAAUCUGGGGAUGUCUCUAGUUUGUGUACACUUGACAGGAAUCAAGAGCAUUGUUCUAUCAGCAAGCCUAAACAUUCAGAUCCAAUUGCAGCGAAGGAGAAGUUCAUUCAAGCAAAGUAUGCAGAAAAGCUUUUUGUCCAUAAAACCGCAGAUCAGCUUUCGAAAGCACAACAAAUGUGGGACAGUGUCUGUACCAAUGACACGAAAGCAGUCUACCACCAUAUUGUGGCUUUGGAUGCUGAUGUCAAUAUCACUUAUAGACAGGCAUCGAUAAAUUCUUCUUUAACUCUUGAAAACACUAUUCUUCUGGCAGAUCAGACAAGUGUGGCGCAUGAUCAUAGAUCUAGCUGUUUAUUAGGUAAGUCCUUGCAAAUGUCUUCAACAAUGAGUUGUAUUAGCUCUUCGAGCACCAGCGACGUCAGGAAUGAAGUGGAUGAAUGCUUGGAAGGCUUCACUCUUCUUCAUCUUGCCUGCCUAACUUCAGAUAUAGGCAUGGUAGAGCUACUCUUACAGUAUGGUGCAAAUGUAAAUUCCACUGAUUUCAAAGGAAGGACACCACUUCACCACUGUAUUCUAAGAGGCAGACAGUUAUUCGCCAAACUACUGCUGACAAGGGGUGCCAACCCACGUGCUAUCGAUGAGGAUGGUAGAACAGCGUUGCAGUAUGCGUUGGAGGGUGGCAACGUGGAUGAUGAAGAGAUAAUUAUUCUCUUGGCGGACCCUAAUAGAUAGAUCACAGUGAGCAUAUGAGGACUAUCAUUAUUGAAACAAAGAUUGAUAUUAAUUAGAUAAAAGAGUUUGUUGAUUUUGUUCC